AUUUGGCUGCGCGACCCCACUUUGUCGGGGGUCGCGGUAGAAAAGAGGAUCUGCGCAUGCGCACAAAGGUAUUGCUGCGCGUGCGCACAAAUGCGGCGCCGCGCGCAUGCGCACUGCAUCCGAUGAAGCACGCCGGAGCAGCAGCGGGGGCCGGAGCGGGGCCCUGGGGCAAUAGCCCCGGUGGGCCCAAAGCCCCCCAGUCCGACCCUGCAGCUUCCAGUCUCUCUAUUGACUUGGACAUAUAAUUCAUGAUGACCAUGAGGCGACAUUUGCUGCUUGUUUCUAACUCCACAUUGCAUGGAGGAGGGUAUCUGGAACACUGCCAAGAGCACAUAUUAAAGUUUCUUGGGGCACAGGUGAAACGAGUGCUGUUUAUUCCGUAUGCUCUCCAUGACAGAGAUGCCUAUGCCAAAACUGCGAGACAGAAGUUUGAAGCAUUGGGAUAUGGCUUGGACAGUGUGCAUGAAAGCCCUGACCCAGUCGACGCUGUAAAAAAGGCAGAGGCCAUAUUCAUUGGUGGAGGUAACACAUUCCGGCUACUGAAAGCUCUGUAUGAUAAUGAUUUGAUAGCUGCCAUCAGGAAGAGAGUGUUAGAGGAUGGGGUUCCUUAUAUUGGAUCCAGUGCCGGUACCAAUGUUGCCACAAUUAGCAUCAACACAACGAAUGAUAUGCCAAUUGUAUACCCACCUUCUCUAAAAGCCCUUGAGUUGGUGCCUUUCAACAUCAAUCCUCACUAUCUGGAUCCCGAUGGAAACAGCAAGCACAUGGGGGAGACAAGGGAACAGCGGAUCACACAGUAUCAUGAAGAACACGAUACGCCUCCUGUCCUUGGCUUACGCGAGGGUUGCUUUUUGCUAGUGGAAGGUGACAAAGCAACUCUUCUUGGUAUAACAAGAGCUCGUUUGUUUCUAAGGGGGAAAAAUCCUACGGAACAUGAACCUGGCCACGACUUUAGCUUUCUUUUAGGCCAUAGCUAACUUAGGUGUUGCCAGUUUACUGAAUUUCAGAUUCAUUAAGUCUUUAUUAUUACAUACACAAUAAAUUACAAUUAUUUUCAACUCA